CUUCCCUCGCUCCUCACGGUUCGCUUCUGCUCUCGCCGUCCGGAAAGCACACGAACGCAGUCCGGAGUCUCCUCGGCGGAAGCAAAACCCUAGGACUCGUUGAGCUGGUCCGUGGAAUUUCAAUGGCGAAGAAGAGGAAAGCCGCAGAACCGAAGCCCCAGCCGCCUCCUCCGAAGGAGGAAUCCGAAGAAGAAGAAGAAGAAGAAGACGAGGACGAAGACGGAGACGGAGAAGAGGGCGAGUCGUCCUCCGAAGAGCAAGGAGACGAAGAUGAGUCGGAAUCGGAAUCCUCCGAGGACGAAGACGAGGCGUCGAAGAGCGAGACGAUCAAGCAACUCCUCGAGCCAUUCACCAAAGACCAGCUCAUCGCCAUCCUCAAGGAAGCCUCCGCCAACGACCCUUCGCUGCUGUCCGAGCUCAUCAAAUCGACCGAAUCGGACCCCGUCCACCGCAAAAUCUUCGUCCACGGCCUCGGCUGGGACACCACGGACGAGGCCUUGACCUCCGCGUUCAAGCCGUUCGGCCCGAUCGAGGAGUGCAAGGCCGUCACCGAUAAGGCCACCGGCCGGUGCAAGGGGUACGGGUUCGUCCUCUUCAAGACGCGCGCCGCGACGCGAAAGGCACUCAAGGAGCCGCAGAAGAGGAUCGGCAACCGCACGGCCUCGUGCCAGCUCGCGGCCUCCGGUCCCCCGUCGGCGGCCCCAGUCUCGUCGGACGCGAGCUCGCGGAAGAUGUACAUUGCGAACGUCGCGCCGCUGGUCAGCCCGGAGAAGCUGCGGGCCUUCUUCGCGAAGUUCGGGGAGAUUGAGGAUGGGCCUUCGGGUAUGGAUAGAGUGACGGGUAAGUUUAGGGGAUUUGCUGUAAUCGUGUACAAGACCCUAGAAGGUAUUAAUAAGGCGUUGCAAGAGCCUGUCAAGAAUUUUGAAGGCACGAAAUUAGAGUGCUCUCUUUUCGUGGAAGGGCGAAAUUCCAAAACCGUCAAGAAGGCUGUGCCAGCUGCAGUAGCCGCAGGGGGCAGUGCAGUGGGUGGUGCGGGUGCUUCGGCUGGCCCAAACAAUGUCGGGUUUCAGAAUUUUCCGGUUGGAUUGAAUCAGGGAUUAGUUGGUCAGAAUUACCACCCUGCAGCGGUUCUUUUGGGGCAGAAUGCCGGUUUGGGUUUAUUGAAUCCUUUGUUGGGAUUUGGCGGGGCUUCCUUAAACCAGAUGGUCAUGAACCCAUCAUUCCCUGGUGUGAUUUCGGCGCCCUUGAGCAGAAACACGGGCGCUUCAAUGGGAUUGAAUCCUGGUUUUGGCGUGCAACAGGAUAUUAAUAGCAUGAGCCCAGGUAUGAUCAAUGCAUAUAAUAAUCAGGCUGCUUUGCAAGGGUUGGGUGCUUAUCAAAACUCCCAGUUGGGUCAGACCCAAUCUUCGGGGGUAUCAUCAGUAGGGAGAGGACAACCCGGUGCCGGAUCUGGUGGGCCGAAUCUAGGGCGCGCUAGCGGUUGAAAGGAUUUUAUCAGUCCAUGGACCCUUCACAGCUGCAAUGCCGUCUCAAAAGCCAACUGUGUAGUAAUCGUCUCCAGAUGUUCACAAAAUCUUUCUGUACAUUGUUGAUUUGACAAUGUAGUUUCUGGUCUGAGGCGAUGAUGUGCUGAGGAUCACUUAUUUGACUUGUUGGAUUGGCAGUGUAGAUCACCAACUGGUGAGCUGUUCAUCGUGAGAAAAGCUAUUUGAUUCUUUUUAGUUCUCA